AUUCCCGAACCAAAAAUGACCACAAAUUUCGUUAAUAUACAAUUGACUGGAGAAGGCCCCAGCAUCAAAAAUGAGCCUAAUGAUAUAAAUAUAAAGGUACCUCCUGAUGUAAAGAAGAAACAAAAACAAAUUCAACCAAAUACAUUCUAUAAAAAAAAGAAUAAACAGAAGAUAAAUAACUUACAAAAUUUUAAUAAUGCAACCCCAGCCCUGUUUGUUGCUCCGCACCAUGGACCAAACUACUUUGUACCUCCAAAUCUGGCUCGAAAUUUGGGGGGACCAAGUUUAUACACAAUGCCUGGGAUGCACCAAAACAUGAUUGGACAGAAUGCUGCGCUGAAGCCAAAUCCACAAACACUUGGACACAAAAAGUCUACAAGAAUGUUGCAAAUGCGACACGAAAUACAGGAACUUGCUGCUGUUGCUGACCGGACAGACAAAGAAAAAAUAGCGUGGGAGAUGAGUCAGAUGAGUAGAGUAGACCAAAUGGAUUCGGAAGUAAAGAAAUACAAAAAAAUACUUAUGAUUCACACAUCAAUGCUACGAAAAACUAAGCCUUCUAGAAGAAAGUUGAAAUUGAUACACGAAAUACAGAAAGCUGCCGCUAAAGCUAACCAGACAGAACAAGAGAGAAUAGCGCGGGAGUUGAGUAAAGCUAAACAAAUGGACUCAUCAAAGGAGUUCCAACAUUUAACUAUACUUAAGCAGUCAAUAUCUAUAAACAGGAAAUCAAGAAUCUUCACAAAAACUGUCGAUUCAGCAGCACUAAAGCAACAAAAACCAGUUAUAAUAGCUUUAACAGCACAAACAAAGGGUGAGGACUUCACACGAGACAUUGUGACACCAGCACAAAGUUUGCAGCAGCAACAUAACAAGUCCCAUGUUGGCAAUCCAAAUAUUUCUGACAUAACCAGAAGAGGGGCGAGAAACAACAAAAAAAAGAACACUGUAAUACAGAAUGUGCAAGUGUUCAACGUCUCCAAACCUGGCGGUAAUACGAGCCAGUUCCAAGCCCCGCACCAAGACGAGCCGGAGGACCUGUCGGACGACCUCGCCCCACAUAUGGGGCAGGGGCAGCAGCAGCCUGCGAGUCAGACCCUGCCAUUGACAGUGGAAAAUAAACUAAACUUUAAGUUCCAAAGAACCACCCAAACAAAGACUCCAGACUGGUCCGAGUACCAGAACAAGUUUAAGCGGAUCGGGGGCGCCUCUCCGGAUCACGAGGAUGAAGGCAGCCAGGAGGUCAAACAGGAACCCAAUAAGAACCAGUCUAUUAAUACUGGGCCAAAUAGCAACCUUCGAACACAGAUCCCUCCGAUCAGCCAGAAAACGGUCACAGUCACCCAACAUCAGAAACCAGCAGCAACUCCGAAAGUCGAACUAAUAACAACUCAACUCAAGUCAAAAGAGAUACCAUUGAAGCCAAUAGACGUGCGGGUGCGGAACCCGAACCCGGGUUACACCCUGCCCCAACCUACCCCUAAUAUGCACAGUAAUACUCAUCUGCCCAACCUGGGUAAGGCCUAUGAAAACUACCCGAAAGGUAUACCGAAAUCAUUCUUGCCGAAAGAAAACAAUCCUGUUGCUCCACUUCCGAUCCCAGGUUGUAGCUUUCCAGCAGGUAUACCUCGAUCUUUCUUAAAGCUAGAACAACAAAGAUUGCAAGAGAUGCAGCAGCCGACACCACUGCAGAUGCCAGCAGACCCCAAUUUCCAAACCCAACCAGCCUACAUGGACCUACCAAGCUGGAUCCUGCCGAGCCAACCCCCCGAGCCUCCACAACAGAUCCACGAACACUUGUCGCCAAACGUUCCACCAAUGUUACCAUUUGUACAACAGGAGCAUGUAGAACGACCGUAUUCUCCUACUGACGUGUAUUCAGAGGGUCAGAGAGGUGAUGACGAGCUCCGAGAGGGCUCCGAGUCCCCGGACCUCCUCCAGAACCAUAAACGGCAGAGCGCGUUCUCUCGGCUCGGCCCCCUCACGCAGCCGAAGAAGCCCAAACUCACCAUCAACCUGCAGCUGAAUAAGGACCAGGCUGUCAGAGAGGUGGUGGGUGAGACGGACGAAUCGUUCCGCUACAUUCCCGUCCACCUCCGCAAGGAUAUACUCGAGAGCGAAGACGAGAUCGUGAAGAAAUACCUGCCUUUCUGGCCGUGGAAGAAGAACCUGCAGCUUAGGAAGACCGUCUCCGCUAGGUUAUCUAAGUCUGUUAUGCUUUUGGAACAAGAACAGAUGGAGGCGGGAUAUGAAAAAGACAACGUGUUUAUACAAGUCGUGGUAACGGGAUACCCGAAGACAUGGACGAAAGAAGACGUCCUCGACGCAGUCCUAGACUGCGUGAAGGGCAAGAGCUUCAUACCUCUGUUCAUAGAGUUCACGUCGCAAAAAUGCAGGUUUCUUGUCAUCCGCUGCCACUCUGCGUUGGUCGCCAUACAUAAAGUGGGGUUCUGCAUACGCAAGGAUGACGUCGAGCUAACGCUGAGCAUAUCGCUCACAGACACAGGACUGAACCAAAUAGAUCUGAUCCCUCGCCUCGUCUUACGCAGAAGACUGAUGAUCAUGUCAGACGAGACCAACGUCGACCUCACCGAGUUCCUCAUUGAAAAGGAUGUGAGCCACUUCGUGUAUUUCCCUCUAAACCGUCCUACGAAUCAGAUGGAACUGUUCCAGCUACAAAAAGCCGUGCCGUGGGAGCACCUCACCGAGCUCAACCUGUCUCGGAACAGGCUCACUACCCUCGACGGGUUCGACCUCCACAAGAACACGCCCCGCCUCAAACGCCUCGACCUGUCCCACAACUACCUGGACAAGGUCACUCUACUGCUACCUAUUCGCGACCUACCGCUCCGCUCGCUCAGACUUGAGGGCAACCCGCUGUGCCGCGACUACAUCGAUCCGGGCCACUAUAUCAAGGUCGUUAGGAUGAUGUUCCAUGAGGUCAUGGAGUUGGAUGGUGUCCGUAUCACUCUAAAAGGCGACCUGCCGUCAAUGAAACGCAACUACUGCCCGGAGGCCGCGGCGGCCGUCGUGGAGAAGUUUCUAGAAACGUUCUUCCCCCUGCUCGAGGCGAGUUACGACGACCGAGCCGCGAUCGAGGACUUAUAUGACAAAGAGGCUGUCUUGACUAUCACGUUCAGAUAUAAGUUACGUUACGGAACAGCAUUCCGGUACUUCCGGAACCUGUUCCUCCGCGCCCGAAGCCUAGAAGAGGGAGAAAACGACAGCGUGCUGGGCGCCAGCUCCAUAGCCUCGCUCAUCUGCAAGUGGCCCGACAUCGAGCAUGACAGAUACACCAUCUCUGUCGACGUCAUACAUCAUGACGACUUCACAACAAUCCUCCGCCUGGGCGGCGUGCUCAAGCUCACAGCCAAGUCCUUGGCCGAAGACGAACACCUCCUAACGUUCACCAGGACCGUGGUGCUGCACUCUAAGAACGGGGCGGAGUAUAAGAUCACCAACGAGAUGCUGUACUGGGACGUGCCGAGAGAAGAGGUCACCAGGACUGCCUUCAAUGUUACCACGGUACGGCCAAAGCAACUAAGUCUCAAACUGGAGUCGCCACCAGAUGAGGAGCUGAAGUCUAAACUAACCGACAUAUUCGUCAAAUUAGCCGAUAUUGACAAAAAACGCGGGGCAAGAUGCUUGGAACUAAAAAAUUGGGAUCUUCGGUGCGCGCUGGAUUACUACAUUAUGCUUCUCAAACAAGACGAUCUAGCGCCGUUGUCGUCACCUAAAGACAGCACGCCGGCGCCACAAGCGUCGUAACAAAUUGUGUUAUAUAUAAGAAUAAUUUA